UAGAAAACCAAUGAUAUCGAUGACAUUCGUCCACAUUAAAACUCGGUCUUCCUUCACUGCAGCAUUACUUUUACUCACACUUUCAUCACUUCUAGCCAGCAUUCAUCUCUCUCUUUAAGCGUUCCUUUCAGCUACUACCAAGAAAUGGCCGAAGCAAUCCUCUUUGGUCUUGCACAGAAAAUGAUUGAAAAUCUGGGCUCUCAGACUUUCCAAGAGAUUGGAUCACUCUGGGGUGUCGAAGGUGAGCUUGAAAAACUCAAGGACACUGUUUCCACAAUCCAAGCUGUACUUCAGGAUGCAGCGGAGCAGCAAAUUCGUAACCAUCAAGUCAAGCACUGGCUCGAAAAGCUCAACGAUGCAGUUUAUGACGCAGAUGACUUGUUGAGUGAGUUCUCAACUGAAGCUACAAGGCAAAGCAUGGUGAGUAAGAACAAAGUUGCAAAAGAGGUACGCACUUGCUUUUCAUGUUCAAACCCACUUGCUUUUCGUUAUAAGAUGAGUCGAAAAAUAAAGGCAAUGAGGCAAAAACUAAAUGCGAUAGCAGAAGACAGGAAAAAGUUUCACCUGAAAGAAUUCCAUGCAGAGACAAAUGAUAUGAGUAGGAAGAGGGAGACUCACUCUUUUGUUCCGGGAGAAGAUGUUAUUGGGAGGGAUGAGGACAAAAAGGCUAUCAUAGACCUCUUAUUCAACUCUAAUGUAGAAGAGAAUGUUUCGGUCAUUCCCAUUGUGGGGAUCGGGGGCCUAGGGAAGACUACACUUGCUAAAUAUGUGUAUAAUGAUGAGAAAGUUCAAAAAUACUUUGAGUUAAAAAUGUGGGCAUGCAUCUCUGAUGUCUUUGAUUUAAAAGUAAUUAUUGAAAAUAUAAUAGCAUCUACUUCUGGUAAUACACCAGUUGGAAACCUUGUAAUAGAUCAGUUGCAAGGUCAACUUCGUGAAAAAAUUGAUAAAAAAAAAUACUUACUUGUAUUAGAUGAUAUAUGGAAUGAAGAUCCUGAAAAUUGGCGUGAAUUGAAAAGUCUUUUAAUGGGUGGUUAUAAAGGCAGUAAGAUUAUAAUAACUACUCGAAUUAAAUUGGUUGCAGAGAUUACACGCACAAUUUCACCAUAUUUUCUCAAAGGUCUGUCUGAAGAACAAUCUUGGGUUUUAUUCAGGCAAGUGGCAUUUAGAAAAUGGCAAGAAACCAACAAUCCUAAACUAAUGACAAUUGGAAGGGAAAUUGUAAACCUGUGUCAAGGGGUACCACUUGCUAUAAAGUCCAUAGGAAAUGUGUUAUACUUCAAGGAAAAAGAGUCUGAAUGGUCAUUCGUGAAGAGUAAUAUAGAAGCAAAUGUAAUUCAAGGGGGUGAAAUUUUUCCAAUUUUAGAGUUGAGCUAUAAUCAUCUCCCAUCACAUUUAAAGAGUUGUUUUGCCUAUUGCUCUUUGUUUCCCAAAGAUUAUGAGAUGGAUAAGGAAACCGUGAUACAACUAUGGAUAGCACAAGGGUUUGUCCAAUCAUCAAACAAAAAUCAACAAUUAGAGGAUGUUGGUGAUGAGUAUUUCAAGGAUUUACUUUGGAGGUCCUUCUUUGAGGAAGUAGAGACUUACAAAGGCUUAAGAUAUAAGAUGCAUGAUUUAAUUCAUGAUCUUGCGGAAGCUGUUGCAGGCAAGGAGUGCAGGCUUGUUAGUUUUGAUGGCAAAAAUAUUAAUGAAAAAAAUCAUCAUGUAUCAUGUCCAUUUCGCAUUGACUCAUCUUUUAUUGAAUCUUUAAGGUUUUUGGUUAAAGCAGUCAAGGCAUGUUCAUUUCUUCUGACAUUUAGUGAGACGUACUCCGGUGCCUUGGAGGAGUCAAUGUUGAAUACAAUUAUUUUGAGUUUCAAGAGCUUGCGUGCGUUAGAUCUACAUGGAUUGGGAAUAGCAAGAGUGCCAAAUUCUAUAGGGAAACUAAUACAUCUAAAGUACCUCGAUCUUUCUUUUAAUAGGGAUAUUAAAACUCUCCCUGAUUCAAUUACUACAUUGUUGAAUUUGCAAGUACUAAAACUUUAUGAUUGUAGAGGUCUUAAAGAAUUACCCAAAAAGUUUAGAGAAUUGGUUAACCUCAAACAUCUUUAUAAUGAUGGUUGUGAUAAUUUGAGUCAUAUGCCUUGUGGAUUAGGGCAAAUGACUUCACUUCAAACAUUACAAUUAUUCAUUGUGAGCACCUCUUCCCACAUUGGUGGAUUAGGCGAAUUGAAGGAGCUAAACAACCUGAGAGGAACAUUAGAGAUCUCACAUUUGGGACGGUUGGAAGAAACUAACUCAGAAUCCAUUGUUGUGAAUUUAAGGGAGAAGCAACAUCUUGAAAAAUUGAUAUUAAAAUGGUAUUAUCAAGAUCAAGUAGAUAAUAAUGAAGAUGAGAAGUUAUUAGAAGACCUUCAGCCACACGAAAAUCUCAAAUAUUUUGAAGUGUAUCAAUACAAGGGUGUGAAAUUUUCAAGUUGGGUCUCUUCUCACACAAAUCUUGUUGAUUUAAGUAUAGAGAGUUGUAAGAGAUGCCGAUAUCUGCCACCAUUGUCUCAUCUCCCCUCUUUAAAAUCUCUAAGGCUUGGCACGAUGAAUGAUUUGGAGUACAUAUCCGAUAAAGAUAUGAGUAAAGGCGUGGCUUCAUCCACGACACUAUCAACAACGUUCUUCCCAUCUUUAAAGUCACUCACAAUAAAGGAAUGUCCUAAUUUGAAGGGAUGGUGGGGGAGAACAGGGAGGGAUUUAGUUGCAACAACAUCUGCGUCAACACCAGAUCAUCAACAAGAUCAGUCUCACAACUCACUGCCUUUAUUUCCUCUUCUUUCUUCUUUGCGGAUUAGUUAUUGCCCUGAAAUGACUUCCAUGCCCCUGUUUCCCAAUCUCGAAGAAUCUCUAUGUUUAUACAAUGUCAGUUUGAAGCCUUUGCAAGAGACAAUGUCAGUUUCCUACUCUUCAUUAUCCUCUUCUUCUCCUCUCUCCAAAUUAAAUGAUAUGACUUUGUUUUCUAUAGAAGAUAUAGAGUCUCUUCCGGCUGAGUGGGCACUACAUUCUCUCAAAGAACUAUAUAUUGAGAAUUGCCCUAGACUAACAUCUAUGUCUGGAGCGGUGCGUAAUCUCACCUCCCUCUGUUUGCUAUCAAUUGUCGAUUGCGAGGAGUUCGAUCCAUUCAGAGACAUGCAUGAUGAUGGCAUGGAAUGGCGAUGCCUCAAUUGUCUCCGUGAUUUAUUUUUCAAAGGUAUUCCGAAACUGAAGUCUCUCCCUGUGGGUCUUCAAUGUAUUUCCACCCUAAAAGAGCUCCGCAUUUCAAACUGUCCAAAUUUAAUGACUUUGCCGGAGCUCACCUCACUUGAAUAUUUUGGGAUUGCAAGAUGUGAGCCUAAUCUGACAUCACUUCUUGAGAUUAGUUGUCUCACUUCUUUACGGUUGCUGCGAAUUAUGGGCUUUCCCAAUUUGAUUACUUUCCCCGAAUCAAUUAGGAAUCCAAUCUCACUUGAAAAGCUUUCCAUUUGGGGAUGUCCCAAUCUCACAACACUACCUGAUGAUGGCUGUCUCAAGUCUUUACAAAAACUACAAAUUGUGGAGUGUCCUCAGUUAGAGGAAAAAUACAAAAAUAAAAUCGAUAAGGAUUUCCCUAAUUUGGAAAUCAGAUGGGAGUGAUGAGACCACACCAGCAAACGGCUCUACUUCGUCUUCUGCAACGGCCACUCCCCUCUUUCACUUGAUUUAAUUGGAAGCACAGAACAAACGGAGGUGUAAGUAUCUGGGCAUGUUCAGAACCUUAGGAACAAGUGCAACAAGUCCAUGGCUUAGAGUAAAAUCUGGCACUUGUUAGAUUUGAUAACAUUCUGGUGAAUGAUCUUUAUUGACAACGACCCUCUAUGAAGCUGUUUUAUAUUCAGGCAGAAAUUGCUAGGGAAUGGUCCAAGACUGCUCGCAUCCUAAAUUGAAUGUAUUUCAGAAGGAUAUUAUGGUUCAAUUUAACUACAGAAUAUGGAAAAGCUUGGAAUAUAUAUAAGAACAGAUUGGAGUUUGUGAUCUCCAAAGCGAGUCGUUGCUGCAAUUAUGUAUGCCUCUAAUGAAAAAAUCAGUGAUCACAACAAGGUGUUAACAGAAAAGUUGUUCCUUUUCAAAAAUGGCUUCAUUAUGUGCGUAGCUGAUUCCUUGGAUAUUUGACGAUUUCUUUGUGAAGCUAUUGAAAAUUUUAAACCUAAACAGGUUUAGUGAAUUUAUCAGUUAUUGAAAUCUGCAUGUAGGAACUUUGAAUUUGGAAACAAACAGUUUUUAGUGAAUUUACUGCAACUACAAGAAGAUAAUGUGAGGUUCACUAGGUUUUGGUGAAGAAGCAUUACAAUCUCUUCCAGGGAAAGUUGGGCAAUAGGAUGUAAAUGAUCUACUCACAGCUAUAGAUCAUGUCAUUGACAAGGGACUCGCUGACAACCCACUUGAUUGGUCAGGCACCAGAAAAGUUUGUUGUUGCUGCUGUGAGGAAUCCUGUUUGUAAUUUUGCAUUGAUGGUUGCAUUUGGAUGAACUGUAGCUUGGUGUUAGCAACAAGAUUACUACCUAUCUUCAGAUAAAGUAAAAUUUCAGGGUGGCCAGUUCUUGGACUUUUUCAGCCACCCUCAGUGAAAACCUAAGCUAACUUUUAUCCUAGUGUAAUUUUUUCAAUAACAAAACAAACUUGUGAUGAUUUUUUUUUUCUUUUUUUCUAAUGUGUUUCAAAUUGUAACUCUAUUACCUAUAUAGUAUAUACAUAACAGUACUUUAAUUACAAGAACUAUCAUGAGAAAUAUUUUAUAGGGAUAAGCAUCUAGCAAAUGCCAAUUACCUAGAAGAAUCAGAUAAUCUGAAGAAAUUUCUUUGGUAAUCUGAUGAUGGGAUUUUUUGCCUGGAUAGUUUCAGGAUUUGAGAAGCUGAUGUAGCUAAGUUCUUCAUGUUGGAGAUGGAGUAUUUGAGGUACGUCCUACCUUGGCUGACACUCAUCUAGGAGGCGAUGAUAUGGACAAGGUUGAAACAAGAGAAAAGAAGAAUAGUUGAUUGGCUUGCUGAAAACUUUAAGAAAGAUGAAGGCAUAGAUCAUCUAAAUGACAAGCAAGCUCUACAACGUCUCACAGAGACUGCUGAGAAAGCAAAGAUGGAGCUGUCAUCUCUGACUCGGACAAAUAUUAAUUUACCUUUCGUUAUCGCCAUUGUGGAUGGCCCAAAACACCUUGACACCAUGCUGACAAGUGCCAAAUUUGACGAGCUGUAUUCAGAUUUGUUAGACAGUCUACUUGCCUCACCGGAUUACAACUGCAAUUAACUUUCUCAUAGGCUUUCCUCCAAAGAUAUAGAUGAAGUUGUUGCUUUUGGGGCUGCCGUUCAGGUGGAUAGGAUGGUUAAAGAAGCUGAAACUUUUGCAAAAGGAAGAUAAGGAAGAGUGGGAUGCCAUAGAUAGAAAGAACCAAGCUGACUCAGUUUUGUACCAAACUAGAAGCAACAAAAAGAGUUGGGAGACAAUGUUCCUAGUUGACAAGGAGAAAGUAGAGGCUAAAGUGAAUGAGGUCAUGGAUGCCAUCCCUGGUGGAUCUACCCAAGCCAUUAAAUAUGCAAUGGCUGUCUUGAAUCAAGAAAUUAUGUAACUGGGGUAGUCAAUGUUGAUGUUGUUGUGUCUUUGAAUUGGAUUGUCUAUUAGCCAUUUUUCAAAUUGAUUCUUUGCAUGGACGACAACUAUUGUUUAGCCUUGAAUUAUGUUAAGAGUUGAAAGGGAACUCUUUGAUAUAGAGUUAUUUGGGUGUAUUGGGGUUUGGGUUUGUGAGAGUGGUUCUACACGACCUUUGUACUCUCCAUAUUUGUUAGUGAAACUUUCUCCUUGUCACCGCCCGUGGAUGUAGGCCAAAGGCCGAACCACGUAAA